CAGAAAGUGGAUUAAACGAGUCCUCAACAUAAACGACGCCGUUUUCGAAAAAGAAGAAGAAAUAUGCAGUUGACGGGAAUCAACGGAGAAGAGAAUGGUGCAGAACUGCAGAUGGAAGGACUGAGUGAAGAAGAAAGGAAAGCUCUAAGGGGGAGCAAAUUCGCUCCUCUUCCUCCUCCCUCUUCUCGUUCCCAGCAACCCAGGUUGGCUCACCCCGGCGGCCCAUUGAAAACGAACAAAGCAGCGGCACUGGCCAAGUUUCUGGAGAGGAAGCUUCAAGACCCUAAUGGGUUAACUUCCAUUAAUCCCGACCUUAUUGAAUCGGCUGUCAAAAGCGCCAAGGACACCGUCUCUUCCAGUGGCACUUCAAGGUCUGGAAAAAUUAUUCAUCAUGUUACUUCGUUUGGCGACUCUGAGGACUCUGCUGAAGAAGGGAAAGCGAAAGAGUCAUCAAAGAAACACAAGAAGAAAAAGAAAAAGAAAAAGAAACAUAAAAAACGAAAGAUGGUGGAUGAUAGUGAGCAUGUGAAGUUGAAAAAACCGAAAAAAUAAGUUGAUAAAGUGAAAGAACAAAUUUUUGGUGGUGGUGAGCUAGAAUUAGUUCAAAGGAUGUGUUAUUGUAAUUUUUUUUUGGGUUGCCACCCCCGCUUUUUCUCUACUUUGUCCCUGUUGUUAGAAAACUCUGAUUCUAAAUUAUUUUGGUCCUUGCACAGGUCAGGUUCAGAUGCUCUAGUUAUGGGAUACUUUUACAGAUCCCUUGGAAGAUAGCAAUUUUCUUCUGUUAAAACCUGUAUGAACAUUGGUUAGUGAGCUAAUUCAUCAAUUGUUAUAGGUACUGAAAUUCCAUUUAUUAUAUGGGUUUAUGGUCAAAACAUGUGCAAAUUA